UUUUCGACUCUGGGUGAGUUCUUAACAAGGGAUUCGAAACAAAAUUUCAUUAGCACUUUCGAAAACUGAUUUGCAAUUAUAUAUGUUUGCGUCGAGCUGUUUCGAUUUCACGCUUCGGCCAAGGUGACGACCAAACGAAGGGACUUAUAUGGGCUUAUUUGUUGUAGCUAUUUAAACAUGUUUUAGGGAAUACAUAACUCAUCGACACCUACGCAGCACUUUGAGAACAAGAUUAGGCAGAUGAUCCUCAGUAAAGACUUUCCAUUGACUUACAGAUAAAACCAUGGAUGACCCGCGACAACUUCAGAAUCACGUAAGUGAUAAAAACUCCAGCAAGACAAUCGUGAAGGAUGAAUUUGCGCUACAAUCACAUUGGGGUCCAAUGCCUAUCGCCAUUGCAAGUUUCCUCGUUGUUCUCAUAUGCCUUGCCACAGUUGGUAACCUUGUGGUAUGUCGGCUGGUUUGGGUUUGUCGGCGUAUGCAGAUCCCGUCAUUGUAUUUUGUGGCGAGCAUGUCGUUUUCUGAUUUCCUCACGGGUUUGCUGGUUUUGCCGAUCAGUUUGAGCUACCACAUUACCUAUCAGAGUACUGGUCGAUGGACUUUUGGCCAUUUUACUUGCGACCUAUAUCUAUUCCUGAACUUUAUUCUGUGCACCGCCUCCAUAUACAACUUGUGCGUGGUCAGCGGAGACAGAUACUUGGCUGUGACAUCACCGCUAACUUAUCUGUCACGUAUGAAUGAGUGCAGAGUCAAGCAAAUCAUCGGAGUAUCCUGGUUAUGCGCCCUACUAUUGGCCGGAUUCGUCACAUACGGCACACAUGCUUCCAAGGAAAACGGCGUCAACUGUUCGAUUUGGGGUUUGCAAUAUGAAUACUCUGUUUUUGUACUGGUAAUAGCUUAUAUAAUACCGGUAUUUUUUCUCGUGUUUGUGAAUGGGAAAGUGUUCCUAAUUGCGCAUGCUCAGAUGACCAGAAUCCACGUGCAACAGACAUCGCUGGCUCCUGUUUCGACGUUUAUAGUGAACUUGCCGAGUCAAGAGGAGGCACCUAAGAAAAGUAGUCAAAGAACACGACUGAAACGGGAGAUCAAAAUAUUCAAAACAUUUCUUAUUGUCACCUGUACUUUUCUGAUUUCCUGGACACCAUUUAUCGUGAUUCUUAUGAUAGAUUCAAUCUCAGCUGUUCCUGGUCUUAUCAGACACUCCUCGAUAAUCCUUUUAUACUGCAACAGCGCUCUGAAUCCAUUCAUAUACGGUUUUUUUAACGCCGAGAUUAGGAAGUCACUGUCGGAGAUCAGUAGUUGUAAAUGUACUUUAUCUUUUAAGAGAUAGUAACGCUUAGUAACAGAGCGGAGUCGCCUUUAGCUGGAGGCUUAAAAAGACUGUUUUUGAGCGCAUUUUUUCAGCGCAAAAAAAAAAAAAGGAUUGGUAGUAUUUUUUCACAGUAUUGCCUCAAUCCCGAGCGCAGGUACCUACAGUGACAAAAGUCGCCUGCAGGGCAGGCGUAAUUUUUGCGACCUAGUGAUCAGUAUUUUCUAAGCGCAAAUUAUGUACGUUAUAUUUCAUUUUAAUGGAGGUGGAAGGCUGGGGAGAGGAAGAAAUUUUUUACUAAGGGGAUGAGUGACAGUGAAAAAUAAGGAAGGGGGUGAAUGUUUCGCUCCUUCCCGCUCUCUCCCCCUACCGUCGACUCUAACUCCAACCGGAAAGUGGCCGGUAAAAUAAACGAUCGCGCGCUCCUUAACGUUAGCGCACCCUAAUAAGACGCCUUCACUGCAGGCCAUGACAAAUGGCAAUGAAAUCGCAGGAGUCUCUUGAGUCUAACCAGUAAAACAGGUUUUGAUGGGGUCAGCAGUGAAACAGGUUUUGAUAGGGUCAGCAGUUAAACAACACCAACACUUGCAGUUCAUCAGUGUUCUAUUUUCUAUAUAGUUCUGAUAGAUGGUAACUCACUUUGACUAUACCAGCAGAUCUGUAGGUCAAUAAUAGACACCACAUCAGAAAUAAGUCUUUUCCAAAGACAUUUAUCGUUGUACAUAAAUCAAAACUUGUUUGGAGCCUACUUACUGUUACACGGAAAGACGGGCGUUAACGCUGUUGUUUAAGUUUACACAUCUUCAGUAGCACAACACCACUAACAACAGAUCUUCGAGAAAAAGCUUUUGUAAUUUCCAUAACCGUGGUCAAUAUCCCUGACAGAUCCCAGAAAGAAGGGCGUAAUGAUGUUCAGGACUACUGACAAGUAUAAACAAGUACCUCACCAAAAUGAUGCGAAAAUGUAUUCAGAUACUUAUAGAGUUAUCAAAAUAAAAGCAGCAAG